CAGGAAUCGCCAUUGGCGGAUUCGAAUGGAAUGCCCUGGUCAUUUUGUUUGUUCUUGGCUGGUUGUUCGUUCCCAUCUAUAUCAGAGCUGGGGUGGUGACGAUGCCAGAGUAUCUCAAGAAGCGGUUUGGCGGCCGACGGAUUCAGAUGUAUCUCUCAGUCCUUUCUCUGCUCCUCUAUAUUUUCACCAAGAUCUCGGCAGAUAUGUUCUCUGGAGCUAUAUUUAUCCAAAUGGCCAUGGGCCUAAAUCUUUAUCUGGCCAUAAUCAUACUGCUGGCCGUUACUGGUCUUUACACAAUCACAGGUGGCCUUGCUGCUGUGAUAUACACAGACACCUUACAGACCUUCAUUAUGAUGGUGGGGUCCCUUAUUCUCACAGGAUUUGCAUUUGCCAAAGUAGGAGGAUACGAGGCCUUUAUGGAGAAAUACAUGAACGCUAUUCCAAGCAACAUCUCCUAUGGAAACGUUAUCAUUGACCCAAAAUGCUACACCCCCCGGGCAGAUUCCUUCCACAUCUUCCGAGACCCGAUCACUGGAGAUCUGCCAUGGCCUGGCCUUACUUUUGGCUUGAGCAUCCUCGCUUUGUGGUACUGGUGCACAGAUCAGGUUAUCGUUCAGCGAUGUCUCUCAGCCAAGAACAUGUCCCAUGUGAAGGCGGGCUGUAUCCUGUGCGGGUAUCUGAAGCUGCUGCCCAUGUUUGUGAUGGUGAUGCCUGGGAUGAUCAGUCGCAUUCUGUACACUGAUAUGGUGGCUUGUGUCGUGCCUUCAAUCUGUGAGAGCUACUGUGGCACCCAAGUUGGCUGCUCAAACAUUGCUUAUCCAAAACUGGUAGUGGACCUUAUGCCGAAUGGAUUGCGGGGUCUGAUGCUGUCAGUCAUGCUGGCCUCUCUCAUGAGCUCCCUGACUUCCAUUUUCAAUAGUGCUAGCACACUGUUCACCAUGGACAUCUACACCAGAAUACGCACCCGGGCCUCGGAGAAAGAGCUCAUGCUGGCUGGGAGGUUAUUUAUCUUGGCUUUAAUUGGUGUCAGCAUCGCAUGGAUUCCUGUUGUGCAGUCAGCUCAGAGUGGGCAGCUCUUUGACUAUAUACAGUCUAUUACCAGCUACCUGGGCCCACCCAUUGCUGCUACCUUCCUGCUUGCCAUCUUCUGUAAGCGGGUCAAUGAGGAGGGUGCUUUCUGGGGCUUGUUCUCUGGUCUGGUAGUUGGACUGGUUCGAAUGAUUGCAGAGUUUGCCUAUGGUUCUGGCAGCUGUGUAAACCCCACCAGCUGUCCAAAGAUCAUUUGUGGAGUCCACUACCUGUACUUCGCUAUAAUCCUCUUUGGGAUCUCUGCCAUCAUCAUCCUGGUUAUCUCGCUCAUAACUGAACCCAUUCCCGAUGUACAUCUCUAUGGCUUGUGCUGGACCCUGCGGAACAGCAAGGAGCAGCGCAUUGACCUGGAUGCAGAUGAGAGGAUGGAGGAACCGGAGAGUAAAGAAGAUGAAUCAGAAGGAGAUGAAGAACAAGGCUGGUUGAAGAAGGCCUACAACUGGUUCUGUGGCUUCGAUCAGCAAAAAGAGCCCAAACUGAGCAAAGAGGAGCAGGAAGCAAUACAGAAGAAACUGACUGACACGUCUGAGGAGCCAUUCUGGAGAAAAGUUAUGAACAUGAAUGGUAUCUUUCUGUUGGCUGUGGCUGUAUUCUGUCAUGCCUUCUUUGCAUAAAUAUGACCUUGUGCUGCAGAGUUUUUAUGAAAUUCUCGUUCUAGAUCUUUUUCCUUUUGAUUUUGCACUGUAUUCUUCAAAAGAUAAACAACACUACUGUAGAAACAUGUAUCAGAUUCAUAAGCUGAAAUGGAAAUAAUUAAAUUGAUUUAUUCAUUGUUGUUUUUAGAAGUUAGUGAAACUAGUCUGAUUUCUAAGCCUCUUUUUCCUUACUUUUUCUACAGUGAUCCCAUUUUUUUAGUUCAAUUAUAUGAAGUGCUAUGCUAUAGAUUCAAAAUAAUCGAAUCCUUUCAAAAUGUAGGCUGACUUAUAUAAGUUCCCUAUACAUGACAUUUUAUUGAUGUAUUCCUUCCAUACUUAAGCUAUUUUAAUAGAAUCUUUCUGCCUUUUCACUAUUACACAUGGUAUACUAUUUUUCAGUGGACUUGUUCCUCUCUACUCUGUAUUCACUCUUUUUCCUAAGUUAAAUAUGACCCCCCCCAAUAGCAUCUGAGUUUAACUUUUGUAUUCGUGUUGCUUGAGUUAGUUUGAAAUUAGGCAAAACAAGUCUGGUCAGCCCUGAUAAGAGUUAUGUUUAUGCAUGACUCUUCGGCUGCGUCUAGACUGGCAUGAUUUUCUGCU